AAAAACUGCAAAUUUUUUUUUCACGUGCAGCAAACAUAUUAAAAAACCACACUCAAAAUGGCAUUCAAGCUCAUCUUCUGCCUGGCCGCAAUGGCCAUUGCCGCUGCCCAGGCCAAGCCCGGCGGUCCCGCUGCCUAUUCGAUUAGCGCGCCCAGCGUGGACCACGCCUCGGUUGGCAAUACACAGGAGCACACGGUGAAGGGACACUACGGCCAAUCGUCUCAGUCUGACUAUGCCAGUCAGGUGCAGACCGCCCACUCUCAGUCGCAUGUGCAGCGCUCCAGCAUCAGCAACGACGGCGGCCUGGCGCCCGCCCACUAUGCUGCCGCGCCACAAGUCGCCAGCUACGCACUUGGACACACCGCGCCCGCCGCCCAAAUACAGCUGACCAGCGGCCACGCCGCCUUGGGCCAGGGUCUGGCCUAUGGUGGACACUAUGCAGCAGCCGCUGCUGCGCCCACGCUCGCCUAUGGCGGUCACUACGCCGCUGCCGCCCCAGCCCUGGCCUAUGGAGGCCACUAUGCAGCCACAGCGCCCGCUCUGCAGCUGUCGGGCGCCUCGCACCUGGGCUAUGGCUAUGGAUAUAGUGCUGCUGCCGCACCGGCGCUCUCGCAUGGUUAUCUGGCAGCUGCCGCACCCGCACCCAUUGUGAAAUACGCCGCCGCCGCUCCAGCUUAUGCACCUGGCAUCAUCGGACAUGGCAUUGGACUGGCUGCACCGGCCUACGCAGCUCCGGCCUACGCAGCUCCGGCCUACGCAGCUCCGGCCUACGCAGCACCGGCCUAUGCCACGCAUUUGGCUGCCGGCCCCGUGCUCAAGGCUGCCGUUGCCGCACCCGCUCUGGUGCACACAUCCGUCUCCGGCCAUGGCAUUCAGUAUGGCUACUAGAACUUGGGAUGACCCACAGUAUGCUGCCCAACAACCACCACCCCCGCCACCGUCCACCAAGCCAUCCGCCAUCCGCCAUCCCCAACAUGGAGUAAGCGGCUAAAAAUAAUAUUCAUGCCCGGCUUAAUUGUAAAUAGUGCUUCGCUUGGCCGUUUAAUUGAAACUCGAAAUUCAAAAUGCACAAAAUGGCUAAUUCGAAAUUGCAACAUUUGCCAAUUUUCAGUGCGCCAAUAUGAUAUAUGUAUAUAUACAUAUAUGUAUAUUUGUUUUUUUUUGGCUUAAUUUUUUUGUAAUAUUAUUGUAUAUGCCAUAGCAAAGCUCCAUGUUAAGAACGGAAAAUCUCCCUGUUACAUGAAUAUUAAUUGUGUAAUUUGCCUCUGUAUUUUGUGCGUGUGUCCUCUUUUUUUUGGUUUUUUUUUUA